GGCAGGAGGCUCCGCGGUGGCCACCGGAGACAGGCUCCGGGCGGAGGAGCGCGCCUCUCGGCCUUCCCUCCGCUUCCCCGUGUUCCCAGCCUGCCGCCCGAGAGGACCCUAGGAGGCAGGUGGCUUUCUAGAAGAUGACCAUAGAGGACCUUCCAGAUUUUCCAUUAGAAGAAAAUUCUUUGAUUGGAAGAUACCCAUUUUUAUUUUCAGGUUCUGACACACCAGUGAUCUUUUCCAUUUCUGCAGCACCAAUGCCUUCCGACUGUGAGUUUUCUUUCUUUGAUCCUAAUGAUACAUCCUGUCAGGAAAUUCUCUUUGAUCCCAAAACUUCUGUAUCAGAAUUAUUUGCCAUUUUAAGACAAUGGGUUCCUCAGGUCCAGCAAAACAUCGACAUUAUUGGAAAUGAGAUUCUUAAGAGAGGUUGCAAUGUGAAUGACAGAGAUGGACUGACAGAUAUGACUCUUUUACAUUAUACUUGCAAGUCGGGAGCUCAUGGUAUUGGUGAUGUUGAUACAGCUGUAAAAUUUGCAACUCAACUUAUUGAUCUGGGAGCAGAUGUUAGUUUGCGGAGUCGCUGGACAAAUAUGAAUGCUUUGCAUUAUGCUGCUUAUUUUGAUGUCCCUGAGCUUGUAAGAGUGAUUUUGAAGACAUCUAAACCAAAAGAUGUGGAUGCCACUUGCAGUGACUUUAAUUUUGGAACAGCUCUGCACAUUGCUGCAUGUAACCUGUGUGCAGGUACCGUGAAAUGCCUGUUGGAACUUGGAGCAAAUCCCGCAUUUAGGAAUGACAAAGGAGAGAUGCCUGCGGAUGUGGUCCCAGACCCGGUGGAAAUGCCCUUGGAAAUGGCUGAUGCCGCGGCCACCGCCAAAGAAAUCAAGCAGAUGCUGUUAGACGCGGUGCCUCUGUCCUGUGAUGUCUCCAAGCCCCUGCUUCCGAAUUACGAUCCUGUGACUAGCAAGGCAGUGCUUACGUCAGCUGGCCUGAAGCUGGGGGACCGUGUUGUUAUUGCAGGACAGAAGGUUGGAACAUUAAGAUUUUGCGGAACAACUGAAUUUGCAAGUGGGCAGUGGGCUGGCAUUGAGUUGGAUGAACCAGAAGGGAAAAACAAUGGAAGUGUCGGGAAAGUCCAGUACUUUAAAUGUGCCCCCAAAUAUGGUAUUUUUGCACCUCUUUCAAAGAUAAGUAAAGCAAAAGAUCGAAGGAAGAAUACAGUCCACACUCCUUCCACCAAAGCUGUGCCUCUCACAAGGUCCCAGAAAAUUGAUGUAGCUCACGUAACGUCAAAAGUAAACACUGGGUUAAUGCCAUCAAAAAAGGGCAGCGCUUCUGGCUCAACACUUUCAUUGCCUCCUGGUGAGGAGCUGAAAACUGCAACAGAGAAGGAUGUUAACCUGCCUGGAUCCAUCAGCAGCUUGUCCUCUGCCUCUUCCUUGGAACACAGACAGAGCAACCCCAAGAAGCUGAAUGCACGUAGCAACAGCAAGAAGACCAUGAGCAAGAGCCCGUCUGUUUCAUCUCGAGCUAGUGCUGGUUUGAGUUCCUCGGCAACAUCCGUGGCAAACAGUGCCCGCUGUGAGGGAGAGCUCCAGCCUGGAGACAGAGCGCUGGUGGUGGGCCAGAGGCUUGGCACCGUUCGGUUCUUUGGGACAACGAACUUUGCUCCAGGCUAUUGGUACGGGAUAGAGCUGGAGAAGCCGCACGGCAAGAACGACGGUUCCGUCGGAGGCGUGCAGUAUUUUAGCUGUUCUCCAAGAUACGGGAUAUUUGCUCCCCCAUCCAGGGUGCAGAGAGUACCCGAUUCCCUGGACACGCUUUCAGAAAUUUCUUCGAAUAAAAAGAAUCAUUCUUAUCCUGGUUUUAGGAGAAGCUUUAGUACAACUUCUGCUUCUUCCCAAAAAGAGAUUAACAGAAGAAAUGCUUUUGCCAAGUCGAGACCCGCCCUGCGGCGCAGCUGGAGCGGCGCGGCCGCGGGCGGCGCAGAGCGGGGCGCGCGGCUGCGCGAGGGCGCGCAGGUCCUGCUCACCAGCUCCAACGAGAUGGGCACCGUGAGGUACGUGGGCCCCACCGACUUUGCUGCGGGCAUCUGGCUGGGACUUGAGCUCCGAAGCGCCAAGGGGAAAAACGAUGGAGCGGUGGGUGACACACGCUACUUCACCUGUAAGCCGAACCAUGGCGUCUUGGUUAGACCGAGCCGAGUUACCUACCGGGGGAUAAAGGGGUCGAAGCUCGUGGAUGAGAACUGUUGAGUCACACUUCGGGAGUGUUCAGUGAGAGUGUGCGUGUGUACGUGUGCACAUAUACACGUAUAUACAGGAGGUAAAAUAAGGAGCCUGUGGCACAUGGUGACUUUAUUUAGCCAUUAUUUAAUAUUUGAAAAUAUGGCUGUCUUCCUAGAAAUCAUUAGAACAUUCAGAGAGACUCCUUUAAAAAGCUAGCAGUGUGAACUAUGGGAAUGAUGGCUCUCUUAAAACAAUUUUGAAAUGAGCAUGUUAAAAAGCUUUUGAGGCUUUAGACCAAGAAAACUCUGAGACUUACGGAAAAAAGUGUGCCAUUAGGUGAACAGCUGAUGUUGCUUACUCUGUUCCAUUUUUGCACAUAAUAUUGGAUUUAAUUUUUUUGCACGUUUAACUUUCUUAUUGGACAUAUCUCCAAAACACACACAGACACACACAGACAUACGAAGCACUUUUAAAACAUGAUGCACUUUCAUCUUUGCCAUCAUUUCCUCCUGGGAUAUGAAAAAUAUUAAAAGAUUAUAUUUAAGAGAAGAGUGCAAAUUAAGAUGUGUUACAAAGAAUGUAGUGUUCAUUUGUUUAUUCUUGAUUUUUUGUUUUAUUCAUAAAGCUGAUUGUUGUAAAUUCAUCCUGUUACAACGCUGCAGAAUUGUAUCAUGUUUUUAUUUUCCUUGUUGAGCACAUGGUAACAAACUAAGCUUCAUCAUAGAGUGAUGUAAUGCAAAACAUUUGUGUUGUGGAUAGUAUUGAAGUUUAUGGUCCUAUACGUGUGAUGAUUUAUCUCUAAUUGUACAUAUUUAGACUUUAAAUUACAACAGAAAUAUCAGAACAGUUUGCUUUAUAAGAUUAAAAUCAUCUUUCAGAAUGGAGUUUACUUUGUGCUUAGAAAUAAUAUGUUGAACUAUUUUGUAAUACGCUAUUUAAAAUCUAAAUUCUGUUGCUUUGCUGCCUUUUUAAAAAGAAGUGUGGCAUUUCAAAUAUUACUAGAGCUAUUUUCCUGAAAUACAUUUGCAAAAUGAGGCUGCUUUAUAACCAAGGAAUAUUUUUAUUGAUUAAAGAAAAUGACUGUACUGCUAUUCAAAAGUAAACUUAUUUUAUUAUGUAGCUUAUUUCUUAAAGACUCUAUUUAUACUUUAAUAUGCAAUCCCAGAUUAUACUGAACUUGGGUGUCUAUAAUUCUUUCUGUUAAAUAUAAAACACUGUUAGAAACAGUAAUGCCAACACUGAAUCUAUUUUGAGAUCAGAGAACCAAUUGUUCUCAUAUUUAGGAUUAUUAAAUCCAUGUAAUAGGUAUGUUUACAGGUACUGUACAUACAAAUUCAGUGUUUUCAUUUGUGUUUUGCUUAUUAAAUGUCAAAAUUCACUCCUCGAGCAUUAAUAAAGA